ACGAAAGUUUAAUUCUCUAUUGUGAUUGUUGCAACAGUUUCGUGAUUCAAGAUACGGUUGAAUGGCUGGGAGAUUAAAAUGGCACUCUGACAAUCAUUCUUAGUUGUAUAGUGGAACCGCUGAGAUGAAAAAUGUUGUAGAUGUAUCUCUAGUUUUGGUGUGUGACUGAGACACAAUAAUGGCAGACGCAGCCAUGGCUGCUGGUGGCAGCAGGAGUGGCCCUAGGUAUCAGUUCAGCAUUAAAGUGUGCAGUGCAGACCUGAGCAGUGCUAGUGGACUGCUGACGAAGCCCUCAGCGUACGUGGAGGUGCUCGUGGACGGCGUCCUGCAGAAGCGCUCACAGUGCAUCAAGAACUCAGCGCGCCCCAAGUGGGGGGAGACCUUCACCCUGCUGGCGACGCGUGAGUCCUCAGUGCUGCUGCGCGUGUGCGACCACCACACCAUCGUGCGCGACUCUGUGCUGGGGGAGGUGCUCGUGGCCCUCGCCCCUCUCCUCAGGUCCAAUGGGGGGCAGCUUAAGGCCGUGCCCCUCACCCUGCCCCUCACACUCGCCCCUCACAACAAGCCUGCUCCGUCUUCAGAGGCCGCCGUGCCGUCCAUCAGCAUAAAGCUGGACGGGUUCCUGAAGACGUCGCCCGUCGCGGCCGCCGAGACGUCGCCUCGCCCGUCCCCCAGCACCGCCCCCCCGCCGCCCGCCGCCACAAGUAACGGCCCCAAGCACAACAACAACAACAACAACGUCCCCGCCACUGCUACAGUCUUGCCACUAAGUGACGCUUGCAAUGACACCAACUCGCCAGUUCCACGCCUCCUUCAGCACCACUUUCCCUAUGCCACUCCUCAAAAUUAUGAGUCUAAUCCCCGCUCUAAUGUCCACUCCCACAAGCAUGGGGCACGUAGGGAGAACAAUUUACCCCUUGAGAAAACCGGUGGGAUAGUUAGACCCCAACUAAUAGGUAACAGCCUGCAGCUCCAUCGUCCCUCCAAUCCCCUGAAGUUCCCUGCCCCACACAGUCCUCUUAACAAAGCUACCCUUCGGUGUUGCUUACCCCAACACAGGCCUCUCUUGAGUAAUGGCUACAUGCUUAGUAACCCGAACUUGAGUAGCAACGCUACCGGACUACGCGGGCCCUUGUUACAUGGGCUGUGUUCACUGCAGCCUUUUAGCGCUGUUCGGGCCCCACACAGAGACGUGGUUCGUAGUAAGUCCACAGGCAAGAUUGCUGAUGAGCAAAGACUUGUAAUAGGCGGGCAGGUGAAGAGUAACGUUACAAGAAUGCAGCCUCAGGUCUUGCCCGUUCCAACAAAAUCGAAUGAUUGUCGACAAUCGGCCCCUAAGCACCUGGCUCAGCAUAGACGGUCACUUGAACACUGUAUCGAGACUCAGGCGCCUCAGCAUUCUCAGAACCCUCAGAAUUCACAUAAUGACGCUGCAGUUCCUUCCUACAAGAGAAGUAUAUCCUUUCACAGUCCGCUGCGUUACAAAGAAGAGAGAGGAUUGCAACCAUCGCUUCAUCAUGUUCGUGAACUGCCUUUACGGAAAGCCUCAGAGGAUCUGUUGAAAAAAAUUGUCCCCGUUCCUCAGAGCACGCCUGUUCGGUGGGAUAAAACGCAUUCUCCCAAAUCCUGUGAAAUUAAUUCCAAUGACCGGUUGUUGAGUGAUGAAACUUCCCAUCUUAAUCGCACUGGGAAUACCAUAUAUUCUGUCGUUGCUGGCGAUGCCCAUCAAUUAGCUCGAAGUCCAAGAAAAACCACAAAUCGUGACGCGGUAGUGGAUAAAAAGCAACAAUCGGAUAAGAUCGAUUUCUCUUAUGACGAGGAACCACGAUGCAAGGAGGAUGAACGCUCAACCGGCAAGUCUCGUUCACCUAGGAAUCAAAAUCCCAUCGCCCCUAUAGGAAUCGCGGGAUAUAGUGGGUCCAAAGUUAUGACAGAGGUUGACAGGCCAAAGGACAUUUCGGGGGUCGAUAGGCCUAAGGACAUUACUGAGUCCAGUAGGCCGAAGAAUAUGCUGGAGGUCGGUAGGCCAAAGACUGCCAUGACAAAGGUCGGUAGGCCGAAAGAUAAAAUGGAUGUUGGUAGGCCAAGUGGUAUGAUGGAGGUCAGUAAGCCAAAGGACAUGACAGAGUUUGUUAAACCUGUGGACAUUACAAAGGGUGACAGGCCCAAGAAUCUUUCUGAUGGUGAGAAACCUAUGGACCUUUCUGUGGAUGGCAGACCCAAAGACAUGACGAAAAUUGGCAGGCCUAAAAGCAUAAUGGAAGGUGGUAGACCCAAUAAUAUGAUGAGUGGUGGUUGGCCUAUGAACCCUGGAGACGGCAGAUCUAAGAGCAAAACUGAGGGAGUUAUACCUCUUCGCCUUUUGGAUGAUGUCAGGCCCAAAAACUCUACAGAUAGUGGAAAGCCUAGGAGCAAUAUCGGGGGCGGCAGACCCAAGGGUCUCUCGGAAGAUAACAGGCUAAGAGAUUUCAAAGAGAGUGACAGACCCCAUGAGCUUUCAGAAGGUGGCAGGUUUAAUGGCCUUUUGGAGGGUGGCAGACCCAAGGAAAUCUUGAAGAGCGGCAGUCCCAAUACCUUUUUGGAAUGUGGUAGACCGAAAGUCCUUUCUGAAAGUGGUAGACCGAAAGGUUUUUCGGAAUGUGGGAAAUCAAUGAACACGCCUGCUGGUGGUAAACAUAUUGGCUUAGCUAAAAAAUCUGGAACGCAUCUGUCUCGGUCCGUCGAAGCUCUAGACGAGAUUUGCACCAAUGAUAUGGACAAUAAUCUGAGUCUAUCGUGCAGCGCGGAUGACUCGUCACUUCAGAAGUUCAGUUCCCGUGUCCAAUCUUUCCAAUACGGGUUUUCCAAAAACAUGGACAGGAGCAGUAAGGCGAAGGACAGAAAUACGUCAAUCGCUGUAAAUGCUCCUAAAAGUUCAAAUCUGCCUGAUUCCCUCUCCGAUACCAAAGACAAUAAAUCUAACCGUAUUGCGUCUCGUAUUGAAGCGAAUUCUAAUGAAAUUGGACCAAAAGACAGGAAUAAAAUUGCUAAUGCACUGUCUCGCCACGAACUUGAAGUUAUCCAGAAGUUGAUCAGGACUCAUACGACCGAGUUGCGUGACAACGCAGCUGACAGCUCUUGUCACUUAACCACCAGCACUAAACUUGGCAUAGUUCCUGCCCCAAACUCUCCUAGGAUACGCAACGCAACUGGCGACAAUAACUUGGCCCCCAAAGAUAAACAAUCUCCUGUUGAGUUGGAUUUCAAAAAACAUGAGCGAGCCAAAAAACAAAAGAGGCAAAGCAUAGGCAACCUUUUCCCUGUUAAAUUUGAUAUGGAUUCUGCCGUUGGCACUAACGAAGCUGUGGUAACAGAUUUUCCACGUGAGUCUAAUGACGAGCAGCCACUUGAAGGAGAAUGUUCCUCUAAUAGAAAUAAUUCUCGAGUUUAUUUCAAGAAUGAGUCGCCAAACCAACGAGGAGGACUUUGGAGAAAUCACCCUUCUGACUUACCUACAGCAAGCUCUAGCGGAAAUAUUUCCUCUGCUGCGGUGGUCACUUUACUGACCAAUGUGGCUUCCGUACCCCUCAGUUACUCUCAGCAUCGCUCCAGUCCAGAAUAUGAUCAUAAUUACUCGGCCAGCAACAAACUUCGAGAAGUUGACGUUAUUCAACCAACCUUGGCGUCUCAGAGCAAUGCGGUAGUUCCUGGAAGGUAUAGUCCAGACAUGGUAAGUUCGCAAUUGUCUGGCGUGACCAUCACGAACGCUUCCUCCGCCUGGCCUGACGUGUGCUCCAACCUCCCAAACUUGGAUAACACGAGUCGAGUGAUCAUCCACGACGAGGGUCGUGAUGAGAACAGCAACUUGUCUAUGGAGCAACACCCGCAAUUCUUGUUCCAUAGGCAAGCAUCGGAACCUCUCUUACAAAUCCGAAUUCCAACGAGUUUACAACCCCCUAUGAUUUAUGGAGCUGCUCCUGUUAUUUCUUCGGCAUAUGCUGAUAACAUUUCAGGAGACAGGGAUUCCGCUACAUCAUCCUUGCCGACCCCCAGUGCUCCUCAACAGAGUACCAUACCAAAUUCGUCAGAAGCCAAAAUCCCGGCCACCUGUUCUCAGGAUUCAUAUGGUCCCAUUGCUCCAUGCAGUUCAGAAGUUCGUCUUCGUAAUACCGCAGUUUCUAGCAACCAUAAUGAAGUCGUUAGUAGCAGCAGCAGCCAGUUUGGUGAAACUACCGAGACAAGACACAAGUCGCGACCAUGCCAUCACAUCCAUCACCACCAGCACCCGUCCAGAAGACACCAAGAUGAGUCUUCUCUACACUCCCCCUCCGACACAUCAGCAACUGCUGCUGCUGCUGGUGCCUCCUCUGCUGCUGCUGCUGUUGCUUCACCCCCAGCAGCAGCAGCAGCAGUUGGUGCUUCUCCAGCUUUUAUGGCUGUUGGAGCGGCCAGCAAUUCAACAGACCCUGCAGCUUUAGCGGCGGCCGCCGAUGAUACGUCCAUACCGCAGGGGUGA